UCAGGGCUGGAUCGUGUUUGUGACGAAUAUCCAUGAAGAGGCCACUGAGGAGGACGUGCAAGACAAGUUCGGAGAUUAUGGCGAAAUCAAGAACGUGCACCUGAAUUUGGAUCGAAGAACAGGUUUUUUGAAAGGAUAUGCGUUAGUGGAAUUUGAGACGCAGAAGGAAGCAGCUGCCGCAAUCGAGGGUCUUAAUGGUGAGGAGCUGCUCGGCCAGAAAAUCGCUGUCACUUGGUGCUUUGUAAAGCCUCCGCCAAGUAAAGGAAAGAAGUAG